GACUUCACCGUUUGCUUCAGGUCUCUCUCUCUCUCUCAUAUAUCUGCACAGAAAACUUUGAAAGAUCGAGAAGCAUAUUCUCUGUAAUUGGGUCUCUAUCAGUUGCGGGUAGAGGUGGCAGUAGAGAGGGCGUUCCUUCUCUCCCUUAAGCAAAUUUUGCGCCACCUUUUUUCCCGCCCUAAAGCUUACCCACCAAUCCAGCUUAAUCCGACAACGAGAGAUAAUGAGAGCUUAUGAUAUAGAAAACAAGCUACUACGAUAACUUUUUACUCAAUUUCUCUUUUAGCAUUAGGGUUUCCGCUUCUUAUUUAACCCUACUUGUUUUCUAUUCUUCUGGUGCUCGAUCCGCUUUUCCUUUUUCUGAAGCCCCUCGGGAUUCGGUCCUCGACAAGUCAGACAGCCUCAGAAUAGUUUUUUGUGAGGGUAGAAAAACAGUUUGGCUUCAAUUCCCGAGGAUACACCUAAAGUACAAGAUUUUUUUUUGUAUUUUGUUGUCUUUGUUUCUUGUCUCAUAUAACAUAUAUAGAGGAGCUUUUCCUCUAUAGUUGGUAGUUGAAGUUGAGAAAAUACCCAGACCAUAAUAUCAAUCCAUUUUUGGAGAAAAAGGGUUUGCUGGUUGGUGGAAGAUUUGACUCACCCACUCUGCCACCCCAGAGGCCCAGAUCUGUGGGUUACAACAGCUAGAGACAGUUCUUUCUUCAUCUAAGUCAAGACCUAAGCGGGGGAAUAUGAAUGUUUUUUCUCAUGUACCCCCUGGUUUUCGGUUUCAUCCAACAGAUGAAGAACUUGUUGAUUAUUACCUUAGAAAAAAGGUGACAUCACGAAGGAUUGACCUAGAUGUCAUUAAAGAUGUUGACCUCUACAAAAUUGAGCCAUGGGAUCUUCAAGAGAUAUGCAGGAUAGGAACAGAAGAGCAAAGUGACUGGUACUUUUUUAGCCAUAAAGAUAAGAAGUAUCCAACAGGAACCCGCACAAAUAGAGCCACGGCAGCAGGUUUUUGGAAAGCGACAGGAAGAGAUAAGGCUAUAUACUCUAAGCAUGACUUGGUUGGAAUGAGGAAGACCUUAGUCUUUUACAAAGGCCGAGCCCCAAAUGGACAAAAGUCAGACUGGAUUAUGCAUGAAUACCGGCUUGAAACUGAUGAAAAUGGGACUGCACAGGCAAAAGGUUGGGUUGUGUGUCGGGUAUUCAAGAAGAAGAUAACGACAAUGCGUAAAGUGAGCGAGCACGAAUCGCCAUGUUGGUACGACGACCAACUCUCAUUUAUGCCGGACUUGCAGGACUCACCUAAGCACAGCUCCCAGAAUAAUCUGGUGUACCAGCUCCCUUAUCAUUGCAAGAAAGAGCUAGAUUUGCCGUACCACCUUCCCCACCACGAACACUUCCUCCAGCUCCCACUUUUAGAGAGCCCAAAACUGCUCCAAUCAGCUGCCACUGUGAGCUCAUUUGGUGUAGCCAUAAACCACGCCACCACCUUGCAAGAAGAACAAAUUCAACAGGCACACGAACAAAGCCUUCAUGGGGUGGAUCAUGUGACAGAUUGGCGAGUGCUAGACAAGUUUGUUGCUUCUCAACUCAGCCAUGAUGAUGCCGCCAACAUGUUUCGCGCAUCAGGGAACACGAAUCUUCUCGUCAGGCACUUGGAAAAGCAAGAAAUGGUGCCGGAAAAUGCCUCCAUGUCAAGCUCUAGUAAUUGUCAAAUUGAGUUUUGGAAGUGACACCCUGCUUAAACUUAUUCAACGUUAUAGGGAAGUAGUGAUCGAUCCAAAAUCCUGUACAUAAUAAACUGUUGGUGGGAUUCUGGCUCUUCGAUCUCCUAGUAUUAAGUUAAUACUACUGCUAAAUAGUUAGUGACAAAAUCAUAUUUCUUGUUAUGUUCAAAGGGGAUUUAUUAUAUAUAUACGUACGUUGCCUAAGAACUUACAGCCAUGCGCUGUUUAUGGAGUCGGCCGGCCAGGUGGUCGACCACUGCUAUGUUUGUGUUUCAACUUAAUGAAUUAGUUUUAAUUUGGUAUAAAUAACAUAA